AAAUAGAAUAUGUUCUUCGAAUUUAUUCGGCGUGUGAUUUGAGAACUCCACCAGCAGACAAACAAUGAAGGCUAUCGUGAUUAGCGAGCCCGGCGAGGCGGAAGUUCUUCAAUUGCAGGAGGUUGAGGACCCAAUAAUCAAGGACGAUGAGGUUCUGAUCAAGGUGGAAGCCACUGCCCUGAAUCGGGCGGACACGUUACAGAGGAAAGGCCUCUAUCCCCCGCCCAAGGGUGCGAGUCCGUUUCUGGGCCUCGAAUGCUCUGGGAUCGUCGAAGCCGUUGGGAAAAACGUCUCCCGCUGGAAGAUCGGCAAUCAGGUAUGUGCUCUUCUUGCUGGAGGCGGAUAUGCCGAGAAAGUGGCUGUCCCAGCUGGGCAAGUACUUCCAAUUCCACCUGGUGUUUCCUUGAAGGAUGCUGCUAGUCUUCCGGAGGUGGCAUGCACCGUUUGGUCGACUGUGUUUAUGACAAGUCGAUUAUUGAGGGGAGAGACAUUGUUGGUUCAUGGAGGCUCAAGUGGAAUUGGUACUUUUGCCAUUCAGAUAGCUAAAUACCAAGGAGCAAGAGUAUUUGUUACUGCAGGUAGUGAAGAGAAAUUAGCUGUUUGCAAAGACCUUGGAGCAGAUGUAUGCAUCAAUUACAAAACUGAAGAUUUUGUUGCACGAGUGAAAGAAGAAACAGAUGGAAAAGGUGUGGAUGUUAUUCUCGAUAGCAUUGGAGCCCCAUACUUUCAGCGCAACCUUGAAAGCUUAAACUUAGAUGGAAGGCUUUUUAUUAUUGGAACCAUGGGAGGAGCAGUAACGCAGCUAGAUUUUCGCAGUUUGUUUGCGAAACGCCUCACCGUGCAGGCGGCUGGGUUGCGAAACCGAUCUCUUGAGAACAAAGCAGUCAUUGUUAGUGAAGUUGAGAAGAUAGUUUGGCCAGCCAUUGCAGCAGGCAAGGUGAAGCCUGUGAUCUUCAAGUAUCUUCCCUUGUCAGCAGCAGCAGAAGCCCACAAGCUGAUGGAGAGUAGCAAACAUAUUGGGAAGAUACUGCUUGCCCCAUGAUGGACAUGGAUUGUCAAUGCACCUUGUUGUUUUUCCUUUAAUUGCACUUUGUUGAUACAACUCCAAGAGAAAACGAUUAAAUUAGGGAGGAAUGAAAUAAAUCUCAGUUUGAAAUAA